ACAGACUUGCUGAGUCUCCCAGUGUCUGCGACGCUGGGCGAGGGGGGUGUAUACGCAGAUCCCCGCGACCCCGGCCACCUACCCUUCCUCGAGUCUCUGCGCGGGAUCCGGGGGCCACUCAGUGCAUCCUUUGAAGUCAAGUUGAAGAUCACUAUGGUCUCACAGAUCUUGCAUUCUGUGAGAUUCUGCAGAAUUAACGUUAUCUGGAUAUGGCCAACACUUUUGUAUCUGUUGUUUGACAAGACUUUUCCCGGGAAGAUACAACACCCCAGAAUAGGAAGCCCAUAACAGACCAAACUGUGGACACCAUCAAAGUCCAGCUUGGUUCUCUCUCUUUCUGUUUCUCUGUCUCUGUCUGUCUCUCUCCUUUCUCUCUCCUCCCUUCUCUCUCUCUCUCUCUCUCUCUCUCUCUCUCUCUCUUCCCACCCAAGGUGAUAAAGGAUGCCGUUCAACGGUGAGAAGCAGUGUGUGAGCGAGGACCAGCAGAGUGACUCAGAGUCUUCUCGGUUUUCCGAAAGCAUGGCUUCAUUCAGUGACUAUGAGUGUUCCAGACAGAGCUUCACCAGUGACUCCUCCAGCAAGUCCAGCUCUCCUGCCUCAACAAGCCCUCCACGGGGCUUAAUGUUUGAUGAGGUGAUGGCUGCAGCAAAGAACUUAUCAGACAUGACUCUUGCUCAUGAAAUAGCUGUAAAUGAGAACUUCCAGCUGAAGCAAAAUGCCCUCCCAGAGAACAGCCUUGCUGGUCAAGUGAAGCGUGUUGUCCACCAGGCCUUCUGGGAUGUCUUGGAAGCAGAUCUCAGUGCUGAGCCUCCUCAAUAUGAAUAUGCCAUCAAACUGUUUGAAGAAAUCAGAGAGAUUCUUCUCUCUUUUCUCACUCCUGGUGGGAACAGGCUUCACAGCCAGAUCUGUGAAGUUUUGGAUAUCGACCUCAUUAGACAGCAGGCCGAGCACAAUGCUGUUGAUAUCCAGGGACUGGCCAACUAUGUCAUCAACACGAUGGGAAAAAUAUGUGCUCCUGUGAGAGAUGAAGACAUCAGAGAACUGAAAGCUACUACCAACAUCGUGGAGAUGCUGAGACAAAUCUUCCGUGUCUUGGACCUCAUGAGAAUGGAUAUGAUGAAUUUUGUCAUUAGGAAUAUUAGACCUCACAUCCAGCAUCAUUUGGUGGAAUACGAGAGAAACAAAUUCCAGGAAGUUUUAGAAGAAACUCCAAAUGCCCUCAGUAAAACCACAGAAUGGCUAAAAGAGUCCGUAGAUAAAGAACUGCUUUCUGAGACUGAUGUAGCUCCUGGAGCUGAACAUAGUUCCAUGCCAAGCCUAAGCCCUCUGACGGUGCUUAAUAAUUGUUACUUGAAACUCCUUCAGUGGGAUUAUCAGAAAAAAGUCUUACCAGAGACACUCAUGACAGAUGGACCACGGCUUCAGGAACUGACAGAAAAGCUCAAUCAAUUGAAAAUGAUUGCCUGCGUGUCCCUAAUUACCAACAACAUGGUGGGUGCUGUUAUAGAAGGCCUGCCUGAGCUUGCUAACAGGUUAAAAAGGAUUUCAGCAGUUCUGCUUGAAGGCAUGAAUAAAGAGACCUUUAACUUGAAGGAAGCCCUGAAUUCUAUUGGUGUUCAGACUUGUGCUGAAGUUAAUAAAGCCCUCAAUGAGAGAGGCUCGCCCAUUUUAAAUGCUGAGGUUCAAGCUAACCUUGUUGGUCAGUUCUCUAGCCUUGAGGAGAAGGACAAUCCUGUCUGUACCUUGAUGGAUAAACGGAUCCAGUUGUACAUGAAAAGCCUGCUCUGUCUUCCAAAUACUCAGAAGAGCAUGCCUCCUGUGCCAGGUGGCCUUGAUGUCAUCCAUCAGGAGCUGGAAAUGCUUGGCUCCCAGUAUGCAAACAUUGUGAAUCUCAACAAACAGGUGUAUGGACCAUUUUAUGCAAAUAUAUUCCGAAAGCUGCUCUUCCAGGAUGAAGCCAUGGGGAAGAUAGAUACUUCACUUCCAACUAACUAAAGAGAAGCUGGCACUGGAGAAAAGAUGGAGAUCAGCACUUGGUACAUGGUCCAUUUCCACCAAUGGCAUUAUAGAUGCGGCACAUUCUCGACACUGUCCCUAGAGCAGUGUUAGACUGAAUCUGUGUAACCUGGUAAUGUUAGCACCACAGAAGGGCUACAUAUCCCUUUUGGGUUUAAAGCAAAUAGUUUUAAUGAAGAAAAGUAAUUUGUAAUGAAUUAUUUUACCUAUAUAAUACUGGUGUUUUCUUAAACAUUUAUAUUGGGAUUUUUUUGUUUGUUUUUUUGAGACAGUGUGUCUGUGUAACAGCUCUGGCUGUCCUGGAAUAUAUCACACAUUUCUAUGUGACUUGUUCAUUCAACCUGAAAGGAGUUGAUUUUUGUUUAUAUACUUGAUUAUACUGCAGUUGCCUGCAGGAAUACAAUGUGCAAACAUUUAAAAAUGCAUUGAAAAUGAAGGGCAUUCUGCUUCAUUUUUUGUUAAGUGGCAAAGUAAAUUUAUGUCUUGCGUCUGGAUUUAGCAAAGUACAUUUAUUAGGAUUUUUUAGAAUCAUAGCUCUUGGCAUGUUUAUUUAGGUUUUACUUAAAUGUUUACUUCUACUUUUGUGGCUUUCCUAACAUGGUUGUUUUAUAAUAAAAACUUUAUUAAACAGAAA